AAGAACACUCCUUAUAAAUCCCACUGCUCUUCAGAGCAACCAAAUGUGAGCUUCACAUUUCUUACACACUAGGUCUCUCUCCCUCUGUAUGGUCUUUUGUUUCUUUCUCUCUGCAUGGCUUCUUCAGAAGAUAAGAAGGUGGAAAUGUUCUUCUUGCCAUGGAUAGUAGCAAGAGGCCACAUGAUUCCAAUGAUAGACGCAGCCAGGCUCUUUGCUUCAUAUGGUGUCAAAGUCACCAUUUUGACAACUCAUGACAACCUCCAACUCUUCCAAAACGGUGUCGACCGAGACCGAUCCCUCGGCCGCGACAUCGACUUCCUCACCUUCGAAUUGCCCGAGGGAUGCGAGAACCUCCUCUCUAUCUUCACCAUUAAUUGGAACGAAGAGCAGCUGUUCAUCGAGAAACUGAGAGAACCGAUCGAGCAAAUUCUACGAGAUCGCCGCCCAGACUGCCUUGUCAGCGACAUGUUCUAUCCGUGGACGGCGGAGUCCGGUGCACGGCUCGGGAUUCCGAGGAUCGUCUUCCAUGUUACCGGUUUGUUCCCUUCAUGUUGCGAAGAGGCCACGAGGCGCCAUGCACCCCAACAUAAGGUAGAUUCCGAUAAGGCUACCUUUGCUCUGCCAGGUCUUCCCAAUCCCAAUCACAACAUCGAAUUCACAAGGCUUAAGAUGCCAAGCUUUCAUACCACUGAACCUAAAGGAGCCAAACUUGCUGAAGCCAUUGUAGAUGCCGAGUUGAAGAGCCAUGGAGUUAUAAUCAACAGUUAUUACAACUUGGAAGCACCUUAUGCCGAGUAUUUCAAGAAUGAUAUGGGAAGAAAACUAUGGCUCGUAGGACCGGUUUUUCUCUUCAACAAAAACUACGAAGAAAAGGCCCAGAGAGGCGAAAACAACUCCAUUGAUGGAGUUACGAUUUUGAACUGGCUCGAUACCAAAGAACCUAAGUCAGUUCUUUAUGUUAGUUUCGGGAGCCAAGUUCGCAUGGCUCCUGAACAGUUCUUUGUGCUCGCUGAAGCUCUGGAAGCUUCUGGCCACUCGUUUAUUUGGGUGGCCAGAUAUAUGCCAGAGAGCGGCGAGCAUGAAGAAGAAGGCAGUGGAAGGAGAGUGCUUCCAGAGGGAUUUGAGGAGAGGAUGACGAAAUCGGGAAAAGGGUUGAUAGUGAGGAGUUGGGCUCCACAAUUGCUGAUUUUGGAGCAUCGCGCUAUGGGAGGGUUCAUGACUCACUGUGGGUGGAACUCGACAGUAGAGGGAAUAUGUGCUUGUCUUCCGAUGAUUACGUGGCCGUUAGCAGCAGAGCAAUUCUUUAUUGAGAGUUUGGUGGUGGAUGUGUUGAAGACGGGGAUUCGGGUGGGGAACGAGGAGUGGAUGGCGUUGCAUUGGGAACCCAAGGUGACAGUGACGAGGGAGAAGGUGGAGACGGCGGUGAAACGACUGAUGGGUGGUGGUGGGGAGGUGGAGGAGAUGAGGAGGAGGGCAAGAGAGUUGAGUGAAAAGGCUAAUAAAGCUGUUGAACCAGGUGGGUCGUCCGAUGCUGAUGUUGUUGGUUUGAUCAAUGAGCUCAAAUCUUGCCGUAAAUGAUGAUCCUUGGAUCCAUGUUACCAGCUUCUAAUGUAACAAUUGUUGGGUUCUUCUUGUUAUGUGUAACUUUAGUGGUAUUAUCAUGGAUGUUUGCAUGACAUGUUUUUAAUAAAAAUAAGGCAACUUUUGGUCAUUAAUCUCAA